AUGGAAGUUCAAUCACCCAUGAACAUUAGUAUUGGUGUGGGGAUGAUUGCAACAGGCGUCCCUGUAUAUUUCUUGUUCAUCUACAUCAGGAAACCAGAGCCAAUCAAGAAAAUGCUAAGUAUUGGUGUGGGGAUGAUUGCAACAGGCGUCCCUGUAUAUUUCUUGUUCAUCUACAUCAGGAAACCAGAGCCAAUCAAGAAAAUGCUAAUACUCUUUCAAAAGCCAUUGCAUCAUUGCAGGUAUUGGUGUGGGGAUGAUUGCAACAGGCGUCCCUGUAUAUUUCUUGUUCAUCUACAUCAGGAAACCAGAGCCAAUCAAGAAAAUGCUAAGAAAUAUGACAGUAUCUCUUCAGAAGAUUAUGAUGGUGGUACGACCAGUGAAGUCAUAGGAGCAUUGGAUGGGUUCAUGCAGAAACUCAUGAUGGUUUGCAAACCAGAAAAACCAGCCAGCUUGUAAGGACCAAAAAAAAAAAAAAAGAAAAAAAAAGAAAAAAAAAAGAAAAAAAAGCAUGAAGGAGGACGUGGGAUAUAAUGGUGUAACUGCGCUCGGGACAGGCUGACAGGCGAUAGCUUUUUCUAUUUUCUUAUGUGUUCGGUUGAAAUUCAAAGGUUAAUGAUGGUUAGUUACUUACAUCUUUACAUUCAUUGGAGAUGUACAAAGUAGUUAGAUUUUAUAAUCCUUGCUGGAAAACAUUGCACAGAAAGAUAUUUACAUUAAAAUGCUAGGAAUUGUAAGCAGCAUAUCAUUAUUUUUAGUUAGGAUCUGUCCUUUUCCAUGUUAUUUAUGUUAGAAUGGAUCUAUUGGCAAUACUUGUCUUUUAAUAUGUUGAGGAUUUAGAAAAAAUGUGAUUCUUCACAUAUAGAUUUACAUAUGACAUUUAACCUGUAGUUGUGAACAUACCGCAUACUAUUGAGUGUCGAUGGUAGGCUCUCAGCCAUAUAGAAUAGCACUGCUCUUUUGGUUAAUGGUACUGAGGAAAGAGGCCUUUUAGACAGGAGAAAGGCAUUUUAAUCAGUAUUGUUGUGGUGUAAGUUGGCUAUGAUAGCUAAUUACCAUACCACCAGUGAAUAGAAGGAAAAACUAUUUAUUUUCCUUUUAUGUUCUGUGUAUGAGGGAACUUUUUAAAUGUAUUUUUUGAUAAAAUAAACAGUUCUUUUUUGUAUGGAAGACAGAAA